ACAGCAGCAGCUACCGUGAUGGACAAACUCUGCGUGUUCGCUGUGUUUCCCUAUUCCAGUCUGAUGAGACGGGCUUCUUUCAAGGGGGUGACAAGAGAUCAAGUGUUAGACGCUAUUGGUUUUAAUGCAGGAACCCGCAAAAUCCUUCCACUGCUCCUCCGUGUUACCAUCUGGCAGCGAAAACAAUCAUCCAACAGCGCGGUGUAUACCGAAGAAGAGUUCAAAUAUGGUAAAGAAGUCGGGAUUCAUUCCCAUAUCCCGGGGACACUAUCCGCGCAUCGUUCCACACUCUAUAGGGAGAAAAGUGAAUUGAACGAGGCAGGACGAGCUGUCGAUCUCCCUUUGCGAGAGGAAAUGGGGGAUUUGGGGGCGCUCUUUAGCGUGGCAAGUCUAAACCGUUAG